AUGUCGAGAGGAGGGGAGAUGGUUUAUAUCCCGGACGACUCUGACUUCAGCUCAUUCAGGGACCAGUGCGAGAGCCUGGAGGGCUGGCAUAGCCAGUACAACAAGGGUGGGGUGAUGGUGUGGAGCCAGACGCCAGGGGAGAGCCGGACAGUGCAGAAAAUCAAGCUGCGCAUCGCCUGCAAGGACGUGCCGGCUGCGACACUCUAUGACGUGCUGCAUGACACCCACUAUCGCAAGAAAUGGGACUCCAACGUCAUUGAGACCUAUGACAUUGGGCGCCUGACAGCCAACGCCGAUGUGGGAUACUAUGCCUGGAAGUGCCCGAGCCCCCUGAAGAACAGGGACUUUGUCACCCUGCGCUCCUGGCUGCCCCUGGGCAACGACUACAUGAUCAUCAACUACAGCGUCAAGCACCCAAAGUACCCACCACGGAAGGACUUUGUGAGGGCCGUGUCCCUGCAGACGGGCUACCUGGUCAAGGCCAACGGCCCCCACGGCUGCACCCUCUACUACCUCACCCAGGUGGACCCCCGAGGUUCGUUACCAAAGUGGGUGGUGAACAAAAUGUCGCAGUUUGUGGCGCCAAAGGCCAUGAAGAAGAUCUACAAGGCAGGGCUGAAGUACCUGGAGUGGAAGCAGAAGCACGAACCUGGCUUUAAGCCCUGGGUGUACCCAGAGCAGAACACGCUGCCCAGCAUCAGCCUGGCCGAGCUGUCCCUGCAGCACGCCGACUCCCUGGAGAACAUUGAUGAGAGUGGCCUGGCUGAGGACAGGACGCACAUCAGCGAUGACGAGGCCUGA